AUGGCUGUAUCUGCAGCAAAUUUACGUCUCAAGGUAAUUAUUAUAGGGGCCGGUCCUUCUGGUCUCUGCACAGCUGCGGCCUUGAGCCAAGAUGGCCAUAGUGUCACCGUUCUCGAGCGACGACGAGAUACACAGCCCCUUGGGCACGCGGUAGUAAUCCAGCCCGCGGCGGUCAGGGCCCUUCAGUACCUCAAAGGGGCGGACAGGGCUUUCAGCAGGGUCAGUGUAGAUGCAGGGGCGCUCCGCUGGUGGUCGUAUAAGGGUACCAAGCCCUUUGCGACACCCACGGCGGCAGAAGCCUUGUCGUGUGCGGAACGAAGGUUUCAAACUGAUCGGCCCUCAGUACAAAAAGUACUACAUGAGCUUGCGGUUGCCAACGGCGUCGAUUUUCUUUUCGGGAGAGUUGUGCAAGCGGUUGAAGAUCUCAAGGUGAAGCCAAGGCUUUGGACAACCCAUGGUGAAAACUUUACCGCGGAUUUGAUUAUAGCGGCAGAUGGUAUCAAAUCUACCACCCGCAAAAUUCUUUUCCCCGCACAGGAUGUCGAUCCAAUCCCAUUGAGAGAAUCUAUCUUCCUCACAAGCGCACCUGUUUCUCAGCUUGCUCGGGACGCUCGAGUAGCGCCAUGGCUCGAACCGGGAACCAAACAUGGCAUAUUAGGGCCCGAUCGGUUUGUUUUGAGUCGGCACACGCACGGUGGUCUCCUCGGAGUGCAAUUUAUUGACGUCGACCAUGCGGAUCCGGGCCCGGUGAAUGGCAAUUGGAAUACGCCAGCCGAUAUUGGUUUACUUCGCACACGAUUUUCUGACUUUAACAUGAUAACGAGGGCAUUCUUGGAACAUAUUCAGCACGCCGAGAAAUGGCAGAUGGCUACCGGGCCAGAACUGGAUACGUGGCGAAGUGCCAGCGGUCGUAUCGUGCUGCUCGGGGAUGCCGCCCACGCCAUGUUACCACAUGGCGCACAAGGGCUUAGCCAGGGGAUUGAAGAUGCUUUAAGUUUGGCUCGCAUGCUGCGUCGGGCGUCGAAUUCGAGCGCUAAAGGUGUUGGUAUUCCCGCUAUCACGAAGGCGUGGGUCAACCUGCGUAAACCGCGCACCAACAUUUUCGUUAAACAGUCUACAAGCAACGCAAAAAUUUGGAGCCUACCGGAUGGGCCGGAACAGGUGGCAAGGGAUGAGAGGAUAAGACGGACGGAGACUCUUCCACCAGCGGAUCUCAACCACGUGAAAAUGGACAUGGCGGCUAGUCGGAAGUCGCCACAAUUUCUUAAAUGGGCAAGGGAUUAUGACGUGGUUCUAGAGCUAUUUGAACUUUUCACUGGCCAGCCACCUUUUGAGACCUUAAUAACACCCGCAAUUCUCAUCGGUCAAAUGCACGAGAUGGCAAGUGACGAUCUACCUGAAUGA